AUGAAUUCCGACUAUGUCUGCGGAGUAUGGUUACAACUACUGCUCCGCUUAUUCGAGUCCCAAGCCACCCAGAGCAUCCAUACGAGUUCCCAACGACGACAUUUCCGUACCAAGUGAGAGUAUUGUCGGGGUGGCUCAGCCAAACUAGCCCUGGAAACCAUAGCCCCGCGCGGUUAACCAACCCCGUAAGAUGACAGCAAAUGGCGGUCGCACCGUCCGAGACAAGAGCAACUAUACUCCGUACUUAGGUCUGGCAACAAGGUAGACUAAAAAGAAAAGAAAAGAAAAGAAAAGAAAAGAAAAGAAAAGAAAAGAAAAGAAAAGAAAAGAAAAGAAGAAAAAUUUGAACAGUAUUUAAUCUAUUUUACUCCAGGCCCAGCUCCAUGGAUUCCCAAGGAUGAUUUAUCAAACCAUGGUUAGGCCCGAGCGCCCACCAUCAACCCGAAUUCGAAAUAUAAAAGAAAAUAAUACAGAAGGAGGGGGAAGAAAAUUUCGAAAGAAAAGAAAGACAAUAUUGGCGCUAAUCAACUUGGCUUACCUUAGUGGCAUGUCAUCAGCCCGGCUUCUCUAUAGUUAUCUUUCUAUGGUGAAACCAAAAAGUUUGGAUCUGAUAUGCCUUGAAGCAACCAAGCAAUCAAAUUAUCACAUGUGUGCUACCAUAUGAUUUAUUUGCUAUUGAAUGAUAUUUCCAGGACUAUUAACUAGUUAGCUAGCAACUCUCUCCAUAGAAAUAAAGAGAAAGAAAAAAAAAAAAAAAAAAA